UAUAUGCAGCACUCCUUCAAUCUAUGUAUUGUUACAUAUUCUUUUUCUCAUGUGUAUAAACCUAAGUUAGUAUUGCUAGAAUAUUAAACAUAUACAGUCAGUUUCAGAAUUAUUGGCACAUUUCAAGCAAAUUGGCAGAGCUUAUUGAUUAAGAUAUUCAAAGCAAAGAUAAGAAAAAAAAAACCUUCCUUUUAAUGAGCUUUAAUCAUUAUCAAUCACUAUCUAUCUUCAGUGAUACGGAAAAAACAGUGAGUAGCUAUAAGAAGUCAUAGCGUUGAGUGUAAAUACUAAAGGGCUGUGGUGUAAGCUUGUAGGACAGGUAACUAGGAGGUCUUUAAGACCGGGGAAGAGACGCAGCGCUACAUUCCAGAGCAUUUAGUGAAGGAGCGCGUGUGAGUUUCUGCAGUGUGUAAUUCACACUUUUACUUCAGGAGAGAUAGAGAGAGAGAGUGUGUGUGUGUGCGCUUACUGAUAGUUUGUGUUGAGCUUCUUCUGAAUGUUCAUCAGCUGAUCGUCCCCUGCCCCGAUUUACCGCAUUUUAUCCGCUUUCCUUUGGAAUGAGUUUUUGGAAACGCAAAAAGAAUGACACCAAAAGGAAUGCAGAUGAAACGGAUGACGGACCAUUCUACCUGACCCCCACCUCAGAGUCACCAAUCAUAGAGACUAAUGGACUGGAUCCUGUCAUUACAGACUUCAGCUCAGAAAAAUCUGAUCUGUCGGUGGCUCUGGAGGAUUGCAUGGCAGCGCUAGAUUUAUUCCUGCGUAAUGAAUUUGACAAGGCACUGUCUAGACUCAAGAGCAGGACUAAAGAGAGUAUGUAUCACGCGCUCACAUAUGCCACCAUUCUGGAAAUGCAGGCAAUGAUGACCUUUGACCCUGAGGACAUCUUGUCAGCAGGAAACACCAUGAAAGAUGCUCAGGCUAUUUGUCAGCGGUAUCGUAAGAAGUCCUCCUUCAACAGCAAAGUCUUUACAGAAGAGGAGCUGCAUGCUGAAGUGUGUUAUGCUGAGUGUCUCCUCCAGAGGGCAGCACUGACCUUCUUACAGGAUGAAAAUAUGAUCAGCUUUAUUAAAGGAGGAAUCAAAGUGAGGAACAGCUAUCAAAUAUACAAGGAACUUCAUACAGUCCUGAAAUCCUCUGAUUAUGUUCAUGGUCAAAAUCAUGGCCACUUUGAGGGAGGAGUGAAACUUGGAGUGGGAGCGUUUAAUCUGAUGCUUUCCUUGUUGCCCACGAGGACCCUGAGGAUGCUGGAGUUUGUGGGUUUCUCGGGUAAUAAGGAGUUUGGACUGCAGCAGCUCCAGGAGGGCUCUGCUGAGCACACGUUUAGGUCUUUCCUGUGUAACAUGCUGCUGCUUUGCUAUCACACCUUCAUGAGCUUCAUACUGGGGACCGGAGAAGGAGAUGUUGACGAUGCAGAGAAACUGCUGCAGCCGUACCUUAAACAAUAUCCUAAGGGAUCUAUCUUCUUGUUCUUCGCUGGUCGAAUAGAAGAAAUCAAAGGCAAUAUAGAUGCUGCUAUUAAAUACUUUGAGGAGUGCUGUGAGGCCCAGCAGCACUGGAAGCAGUUCCAUCACAUGUGCUACUGGGAGCUGAUGUGGUGUUUCACCUAUAAGCAACACUGGAAGAUGGCCUACUUUUACGCAGACCUGCUCAGCAAAGAGAAUGCAUGGUCUAAGGCCAUGUAUGCAUAUAUGAAAGCUGCGUACCUCAGCAUGCUGAGUACAGAGGACCGUCAGCCAUUUGGGGCAAGCGAUGUUGCAUUAUUCAGGCAAGUGCCUGGACUAAAGCAGAAAAUAGCUGGAAAGUCUCUACCCACUGAGAAGUUUGCCAUCCGCAAAGCUCGCCGCUAUAAUGUAGACAACCCUGUUCCUCUGCCUGCACCUCCACUGGAGAUGAUGUAUAUCUGGAAUGGCUACACGGUGAUUGGGAAGCACAAAGACCUGACAGAGGGCAUGUUAAAGACACUGAAUGAAGCUCAGAAGAAACUUGAACAGAAUCCAAGGACAGAGUUCUCCAUAGAUGACCAGUGUGUGCUGAGUCUGCUGAAAGGUCUGUGUCUCAAGCACCUAGGCCAUACAGAAGAAGCUGAGCACUACUUCACUCUCGUCCUCUGCAAUGAGACACAGAUCAAGUUUGACCACUACCUUGUACCGAAUGCUUUGUUGGAACACAGCUUGCUGUGUCUAGAGCAGGGCAGGAGAGAGGAAGCCAUCAAACUGCUGGAGAUGGCCAAGCAGAACUAUAAAAACUACUCCAUGGAGUCACGGACUCAUUUCCGGAUCCAGGCGGCGCUGCACAAAGCGCAAGCCACAGAGGAGAAUGGGGAACCCUGCUCGCCCUCAAGCCCUUAACAACCACGGUAACGACAGAGUCCGAGAGGUCACAGGGUCAACAUAAGCCAUGCUCAGGCCUAAGGAGCUGGUGGAGGCUGCACAAGUGCAGAAAUACAAACAGACAAGCAGGACUGAGCAUCUAAUGAGAGAAACCUCAGUCUCUCUCAUUCACACAUAUUCAUUAACAGUUAUACACAAAACACAUGUCUGUAUAUCAGAGACAAUCAUAUAAUACAUGGAACCCCAGAUGCAUGCAGUGUGAAGAUACAGUCCAGCUCUGAAUGAGGUAAAACACUGAGCUGAUACAGAAACACUUGUGCUCGAGGCUUCGAGUAUUUUUUCUCACACACAUAACCUAAGGAUGUUUCUAACACGUUUGAGCAGCUUUUUUUGUUUUUCAUUGGUUUUGCCCUCAGAGGUGCUGACUGUCUACACUGUGGCCAGCAUGUGACCUCAAAAAACAGACCAUGCUUGUUGGCCAAUCAUUAUUUAUUUUUGAAAUAAGCAUGUACACCUGUUAAUUCAUAAAUUGAUUCAAUCAGCCAAUCAUGUGGCAGCUGUGUAGUGCAUAAAGAGAUCAAAUCAUGAAGAUACAAGUCAAGAGCUUCAGUCUUAAAUAAAAUGCUUCUCUGCUGAGUGGUUAUUUGAGUUACCGUAGACUUCCUGUCAGCUCAAACCAGUCUGGCUGUUCCCCUCUGACCUCUCUCAACAAUAAGGCAUUUCUGCCCACGAAACUGAUUCUCACUGGAUUUAUUUAUUUAUUUAUUUAUUUUGCACCAUUGUGUGUAAAUUUAGUGUGUGAAAAUCCCAGGAAAUCAACAGAUUCUAAAAUACUCAAACCAGACCCUCUGUCACCAAAACCAUGCCACAGUUAAAGUCACAGUAAUCACAUUUUUUCCCACUCUGGUGUUUCAUAUGAACAUUUCAUAUGAACUGAAGCUCUUCACCUCUAUCUGCAUGAUUUUAUGCAUUGCACUGCUGCCACAUGAUUGGCUGAUUUGGAUAAUUGCAUGAAUGUGUAGGUGUACAGGGGUUCCUAAUAAUGUGGUUUGUGAGUAUACAUGGCUAAUCUGUUUUCUUUUGUUUUUCUAUGUGUGCAUUACACAGUCGUAAUUGGACAGAGAAAAUGGCCGUAUGGAUUGAAAUAGACAGAGCUCAAAAACUGUUAUAUUAAUUAUAUAUUACUUAUAUAAAAACCUCACAAAUAAAUGUUUCUCGGUAAAAUGACUCGAUUUGUUAGCACCCAAAAUCUCAAAUCAUUUUUAUUUCCAGCCAACCAACAAGAAACACCUAAUAUUAGAAAUUAUAACCUGCAUUGUUUACAAUGGGAAUGUGAAAUGAUGUAGUGUUUAUCAAUGCCCCACAGCAACUUUGUAAAUGAAAUAUUUUAACUACUUGAUUACACAAGCUACUUGAUUUAAAUUGUAUCAAUGCUAUGUUACUACUAGAAACUGUAAUUAAACUACUAAGCUUUAUUAUUUUUUAGCAGAACUGAUUCAUGUAAACCUGGAAUUUUCCCAUUAUCAGAUUACUAAAAAAUCUGAUUUUUUGUGGUUCUCUAAUUAUGUUGUACAUUGAUAUCAUGGUUUGCUUGUUGGACUGGUGUACUUUAGCAUUUUCUUUAGCCCAUUUUGAUUAAAAGGAACAUGUGCAUAACAUUGUUUUUAUUGCAUAAUAGAAAGUAUAAUAGCA